AUGGCCAACAUAUUGAUGUUUGGUACUGGCAGCAUCGGCGCUGUGUAUACGUGCAUUCUUGAUAAGGGAGGAGCAAACGUCACUUGCGUGUGCCGUUCAAAUUAUCAGGAAAUUAACGAAAAUGGCAUAGAAGUGACCUCCACGGUCCUGGGCAAACUUUGUUCAAGACCUAAGGUUGUCCAGAGCGUUCAAGAAGCUGUGACACUCCCCGAGCAGCCUUACGAUUACGUAUUCGUCUGCACUAAGGUCAUACCAAAGACAAUGAAACAGACGUUAGAGGCACUGCAUGCAGUAUUGAAAUCAGGUGCCACCACAAUUGUCCUCAUACAGAAUGGCCUUGGGAUCGAAAAACCAUACGCGGACGCCUACCCUAGCGCCACAAUUAUCUCUGGAGUCGUCUAUCUUCCGACCACAGAGAUAGCCCCUGGGGUCUUCUUACACGAGGAAGUCGAACGACUACACCUUGGGCUAUACGGUUCCUCCACCUCCACGUCGAGUCAUUCUCGCCUGGAAUCUCUAGCAACCAUUAUCAGGAACGGAGGAGGAACAGCCGUCGUCGAAGAGGACAUACAGAGGCAGCGAUGGCAAAAGAUAAUCGCGAAUGGAGCGGUCAAUACCAUAUGCGCGCUUUCGAAAUGUCGAGACCGGCAGUUGAUGGACCUUUCUCCCCUCGGCACACCCUUGAUCAAGAACGUCAUGCUAGAAAUUGCAGCGGUCGCAGAAGUUGCAGGCUACGCAGAUGUUGCCGGUGCGGAGGCGGUUGAGAAUCAGUUGCAGAGAUCUCUCUCGAGACCUUAUCCAGGAGUUCAGCCCAGCAUGUUAGCAGAUGUCUUUAACGGUAAGCCACUCGAGGUCGAGGCAAUCUUGGGUGAGAUAGUUCGGGUUGGGCUAUCGAAGCAAGUGAGCAUUCCCCGACUCGAGACUCUACUCGUGCUCCUCCAAGGCCUCGAUGCCUAUCUAUAUAAUCAACGAGCUGACGAUGCGAGAUAA